AUGUAUGUAAGCCCAAUAAUCUGUGGUGAAGAUCAGACUUGUGAAUACAGCAACGCAUGCUAUGGAUUAGCCGCUGGAUUUGAAGGGUGCACGCCAGUGGAGCCAGCACCAACUCCGAGACCCAGCCUAGCAAAUAACGGAGGAGGCAACACUGUUCUGCAGCAAAUCCAGUCCAAUCCAGAGCUCAGUGGCUUUGCAGUGGCACUCGAGUUGUCUGGCCUUGACAGCCUUCUGAACGAGAACGACAAAGAAUUCACAGUCUUUGCACCCUCCAACCAGGCCAUUGCCAAUGAUCCUGUCUUCUCAACAUAUGCAACAAUGGAUGGCUGGAUUCACCAUCUGCGAACUAAUGUUCAGCUGAUGAUUGUGCAAAACCAGGUCCUGACUGAUGCAGACAUCUUUGAUGCUGCUACAACAGAGCUAGUUUCCCUAAAUGGUACCCUCCAGAUCUCUCAGCCGUUUGCUCAAGUCAACCUGGUUUCCAUGGAGAGACCGAACCAGGCUGGUUCAAAUGGAGUGGUGCACACAAUGGAUGGCGUCAUUAAGAACUACUGGAGAGAGUACACUUUGAGGGAUGUGAACCAACACGAUGAGCUGGUGGACGGCCUCUCUCCAAUCUUGGACAGAAUUCAGUUUGAUGAACCGCUCAUGGAGUUUGAGCCAUCCGGAACUAGCUGGAUUGCCGCCAGGAACAGAGGCUAUGGGAAUGAUUCCAUUGCCUUGGGAUUCUAUCCCAUUGUGCAGGAACUAAAGGACCCCAACAACGCUGAGUUUCAAAACUUGACAUACAUGUACAAUCUCAUUGAUUUCAACUUGUAUGAACAGGAUAUUGAACGGGGUUUCCAGCUCUUGGUUAUGCCCAGGGCUGGUGUUGCUCAUAUGUGGAUCACCAAGGACAUGACAAAGGGCCUUCUUAGGUUCAAUGAUGCUGUGUUAGACAGGCAGGCUUUUGCCAGCAAUGGGUAG